GAUAUAAGCGAUGUGAUGCGGUUAACCUUUCACCCAACAAUACGUCACUUUCUUCAGCUGCCGAAGAAUGGCUGGACCUCAAGUAAAUGAUGCUCGGUUGUCUUUGGAAAUACGCACAAAGUCCGUGGAGCAAACCUUGAUUCCCCUAGUUACUCAGAUAACAACGCUGGUAAACCACAAGGAGAGACCCAGAGUAACAGAGAAAACCACACAAGCCCUGGUCAGGGUGGGGCAGGCGGUGUGUCUGGCGGUGGAGAGGUUUGUGUCAGUGGGACAGACCAUUGCCACAGAGAACCCAGAGAUCAGUGCGGACAUGUGCCAGGCCUGUGCAGAGGCUAGAAAUGCAGGCACCAGCAUCCAACACUUGACAUCAGUCGAUGCCACAUCACACACUAAUAGCCAACAGUUUGCGGAGAAGACGGCCAUGGUCAGGGCAGCUCGCCAGUUACUGUCAGCGGUCACCAAAGUCUUGCUCCUUGCUGAUAAAGUCAUUGUCAAGCAGCUUCUUAUAUCUAAGAACAAGGUAUCCAAUACCCUGAAUGAGCUGUAUUCUGUCACCACAUUCACAGACUUUGUCAACUGCUUCUCACAGUUUGGGAACGAGAUGGUGGAACUGGCCCAUCUCACCGGAGAUAGGCAGAAUGAUUUGAAGAGUGAUAAACAUAGGGCACAGAUGGGAGCGGCCCGAGCUGUACUGGAGAAAUCCACCAUGAUGUUACUGCCAUCCUGUAAGGUCUGCCUAAGGCACCCCGACUGUGAGACAGCCAAGCAGAACAGGGAGGGAGUGUUUAAAUUGAUGAGAGGGGCCCUCAACAUGAUUCACCACAUUGUCAUGGAUGAGGGGGCGGGCCAGGCCAAUGGCCAUGUGUCACCGGUCCAUAAUGGGGAUUCUGGGAUAGGGCUGGACAAUGCCCACUCUGCUUGUAAAGCUUUCAAAGAGUUUGAGGAUCAGGUUGAGAUGAUUCGGAUGACAGGUGUAACAGCGAGCUGUAAGGAGAAACUGACUGGUGCCUUAGAAAUCCUAGUGGAGACCACUCAGGACUUCACAGACUCCGCUUACACCUCCCAUCAGCACCGCGAGUCCAUCCUACAGACCUGUGAUAGGCUCAAGUCAGAAAUGAGUGUCCUGCUCAGAAUUAGUAAGAAUCAGAGAAAUUCCAACAAUCCGAGUCCCGAGAUGGAGAAGGCCAUCUUAAGGACCCUAACUGCUGCUAAAUCUCUCAACAAACAGCUCCAAGAUACUGCGAUGGACCAAGCCUCGGAACUUUUUAAAGCCAAUGAGGAUCAUGAGAUUCUGAAGCACUUGAAGGCUGCAGGGGGUAGCGGGGAUCAGCAGAGAGUGGCAGAGAUGACCGUCAAAUUUGAAGAGCACAUGCAACAGCUUGAGGAGGUGUGCAAAUUAUUCCGACACAUUGCUACAAAUGAACAGUUGGUUAUCGCAGCAGAACACAAUGAAUUUGUGUUGAAGAACUUGGGACCACUGACCCUGCUGUCAGCCCAGACCCUCUCCCAGUACCCUGGCAGUAAGAUCACCCAAGAGAACCUGGACAUGUUCGCUGACUCUUGGGAGAGCCAGAUCAACGACCUGUCAAUCAUGGUCAAGGAAAUCAACGACGUAUGUCAGGGCAGGGGAGAGAAGCCUGUGUACCUGUCCCUCCCUAGACCUGGGAUAUGUCCAGCUAUGCCUCCUAAACAUGGGACAAAUUCUCGAGGAUUACGCCCAGUAAAGCUGGAUGCUGAGGAACAAGCAAAAAUAGCUAAACUUGGUCUGGAAAUGAAAUUGAUUACAUCAGAAAUGGAUGCAGAAACUGACAAGUGGGAGGAACCUGAUAAUGAUAUCGUCAAGAGGGCCAAAAACAUGUCCAGUAUGGCCUUCUCCAUGUACCUGUUUACCCGGGGGGAGGGGCCACUCAAAACCACCCAAGAUCUCUUCAUUCAGGCUGAGUACUUCUCUGAGGAAGGCACCAAAUUGUACAAAACUGUCAGGGACUUUAGUGAUAAGGUGCCUCUGUGUGUCCACCGUGAGGAGCUGAUGACAAACCUGGAGCGGAUCCCUGCUUGCUGUCAGCAGCUCCACUCCAUACUGCGGACUCAGACCAGUGGGAAAACGGCAACCUUCAACAAGGUUGACAAUGCAAUCCAAGAAACCAAGAACUUGAUGAACAUUAUUGCAAAAGUUGUGACAACCUCAUUUGUCUGUGCAACUAAGUACAACAUAGACUAUCGAAAAUCUCCCGGGUCAAGUCGACGGUGGAGAAGUUCAGGUGAGGCACGGUCCACGGCCAGCAGUGAUAACGAGUCAAUGUACAGUAGUUCUAUGUCCGACGGACUGAACAAGAGCUCCUGCUCCAAUAAACAGUUCUCGGCCAGCAACACAAGCCUAGACCGACAACCCUCAGGUUCAAACCUAGAUCCUUCCUCUCACUGAAGCUUCACCACUUCUUCAAAUGUCAGAUUUACUUACUGACAGAGAAAAAUCAGCAAGUGUGGAUACAAUCAAAUAUCAAGGGGGAUUUAUAUCAUUAAUCCCUGCCUACUUCAUCAAGGAUAACUGUAUGGAUAUGCUUUGUUUGCAAAGUGUGUAAGAUAUUUAUUCAUUGUUUCUACAACAUCCCAAAAUAUGAUGGAUAUACCAUUUUGUGCAAUAUAUAUUUUAACACUCAUCUGUAUACAUGGACUAUGGAAUUAUAUAUUAGGUAUACUGUGAUGAAAUUAAUGUGUGACUUGCCCUAUAUACUGUGUGCAAUAGAUUUAUUUUUUGCUCCACAUACGAGUGAUGGGUUUUUAUGUUCAGUUACUUCUUCUGUGUACAGUUGUAUUGAAAUGUCUUUCAGUUUCCAAAUUAUAUGAUAAAAGCGCAUUCUCCUUGACUUGACAUAAUUUUUCUGAUGAAAUGAAAGUCCAUUGUCAACAAAUUGUAUUUUUCAUGUUACUUGUAAAAAUGUGUUUUUGUUUACAAAACAUGACAAAAUGGCUGCUUCAUUUCUUAUUGCCUUACAUAAGUACCUCUCUACUAUGUGUUGUAACUAAUAAUGGUUGUAUUGAUUUUUGCUUUCCAAACAUUGGCCUUGCUUCAUUUAUUUACAAAAUUUGUGAACAUAUCAUUAUUAAUAUGUAAGAAUAGGUCGUUUAAUUACGCACACUGUGCAAAUUACUGAUAAUAUAUAUGUCAAAAGUAAAAAUGUUGUAGGGAAAGGAGUCAAUAUUUGUAAACAUACAGUUGUCAUUUAAGUUGAAAAUCAGUGCUUCAGAAAGUUAAAGAGUUGAAAAUAUGGUCAAUUUAUGCUAUAUGUGUGCUUUUGUGUGUUGUUGAAGAAAUGAUUUUCAAUUACCAACAAAUGUAGACUGAUGAAGAAAUGACCAUUCAAGGUCCAUGAAUAAAGUACUAGAUUUGAUAAAGAUUUUGUUUAAUAUUGCAAUACAUACUUGUUCUAUAUACAUGUAUAUCAGGUUGUAAAAUGAAGUUCCUUACCCUAGUGAUCUAUUUAUUUAUAUACAUAGACAGGUGUUUAUUGUUUAUUUUGCACUUUGUUCAGAGUUGCACAAUGAUUUUGCUGGUGCUUAUACAUUGAGUUUUUGGUACCUUCUGAGUUCAAGUGUUUUGAGAUGUUUUAUUUCUGUGCUUGCUAGAAGUGUAUGAUAUAUCAAGCAUUCCACGAAAUACAUAUUAAUGCAGGCUGUCAUCUGCAUUUAUUUUUCUAAUCAUUCAUUUAAUUAUAAGUGCUAUGAUUUGUAGAAAAACCAAAUCCCUAAAUUAUUCUGUUUUUUCCAACGCAAUAUUAGAGAAUUUUAAAAAUGGACAUGUGAACUGUAGUUGGUUAUAAAUGUUAUAAUUUGCUUUACAGGGUAUAACGUAAUUUUUCUGGCAGUUUCAAUUUCUAUGUAGAGUUGAUGCAAUAAUAUAGAGUACUGGUAUUUACCAUUUUUAUACAGAAAAAUUGAGCUGAAAAAUAUGUUGCUUUUAAUAUGCUACAAGAUUUCAUAUUUGUAUGUGUAUUUAGGGUACAAGAGUUGUUGAGCUACCUAUAUAGGAUACUGUACCAUUCCCUCUAUACAUGCAGAUCUUUCAACUUGAAAAUCUACAAAGCUUUCUACUCCUAACACUAAGUAAGCCUUGCUGUUCACAUUAUUCUAUCGGGCAUAACUUGUACUGGAAAUGAAAAAUGGUUUGAAGAAUAACAAACUUCUAUAAGUUAGUACUGAUUAAAAUGUCAUUUAUUUAAAAUAAGGGUAAAGAACUAUAUAUGAUAGGAGUUAAAUUUGGCCCCCAUAAUUCGCCAUUUUUUAAGUGUUUCGGGUACAAUAAAAUGUUAACUAAUUUUUUUAGAAGAGUUGAUAUAAAAUAUAUUUUUCAUCUAUUUAUUUGAUUUAUUUGCACUCACUGGCAGUAUAUGACGUCAGAAGUGACGCCCUUUCUAUA